UAUAUCACAUUUUUAUUACAUCAAACUAUAAAGACGGGUGUUUUCCCAUUCAAACUUCCCCACCCCCAAAAAUCAUCACUUAUAUAUACUUCAAAUUAACUUCCUCACCUUUCAUUUCAAAUCAACUCUCUACUUUCUCUCUCUACACACCCACAGAUCCAUCCAUCAGACACUGCAUAUCCAUAAAACAAAAAGAAUGAAAAGAAACUGCAAUCUGGAGCUUCGCCUUGUAACCCCUUCCGUCUUUUAUCAUUCUUCCGAUUACAUGAAUGCCCGAUAUAACUCCAUGUUGGAUAUGAGUCCGGACGAGAAGCAGCAACUUACUAUCUUCUACAAUGGAAGAGUUGCUACUUGUGACGUCACAGAACUUCAGGCCCGCAGCAUCAUAUCCCUAGCAAGACGAGAAAUGGAAGAUGAAAAAAGCAAGACUAGUGUGGGUGGAUCCGGAUCCCAACCCUCUUCACCAGUGCUAAUUAGUUCGCCAAUUCAUAAUAAUAGACAAACAAGUGGUAGUGGUCUUUCAAUGAAGAGAUCGCUGCAGAGUUUCCUCCAGAAGAGAAAAAGCAGGGUACAAGCAAUAUCCCCUUACCCGACAAACAGCCGCAGCCGCACCUCCUAAUCCAAAAUCAUUCUCAUCAUUGUUGAAGAGAGACAGAUAGAUAGAUGGACAGAUGCUCCCCCCGGCCGCCCGCGCUACCUACCAAUUAUUAGUUUACUAGUUCGGGAUGUAAAUUACAGUCAGGCUCGGUGAAUAUAUCAACACAUUUUGAUCUACUUCAUAUCUACGUUUUACAAGAAUAUUACUGUUGUCAUCCCUAUUUUUGGCUUUUCUCAUUCCCUUUUUGUCUUAUUCUUUUUGAGUGGGAGGUGAUGUGCGUGUAGAUUAAUUGUGAAAUCUAGAGAAAAGAAGAUUAUGUUGUGUUUUAGUAAGCCUGGAAUUUAAGACCAAAUCAUAUAUAUAUAUAUAUAAGAACCACUUCAAUUA